GAGUUGCGGCUCGACUGACGUAAAGUUUCGUGGUUUUGUGUCGGCGGCGAGAGAGACACCUCUGGCAGGAGCUCCUGGGGUCUAUAUUUCUAUUUUUGUAAUAGAAUAAUAUCUGUUUCUCCUCCUCAGCGGACUGUCGUUGCACACGGCGUGACAUGGCGACGGAGAUAACAAAAGGUGUGGAGCAGGUCUCAGUGGGUAAGGACGGAAUGAGGUUAGCUUGAGCUAGCCGGGUUAGCUCUGUGCCGUAGACAUGUGUGCGGUGCGUAUUGCAUCAGUUAAGGUGCUGUUAGCAGUUAGCAUGCUAACCAAAGCGUAGUUUUGACUGUGUGUGAUUUUGCCUUGAAAUGUUAUGAGCGUGUUUGCACGUUCAAUGAACUUAUGCGCAGGAAAGAUGAAACUGAAAGUCAGGGUUGAAAUAUGUCAGCCAGGUUGGGAGUGUUUAAAGAAAGCUAAUAUUAAAUUCAUCUAUGACAGCUGUCAGUUUGUGUUGCAGCAGCUAAGAGGCGGUGUUGGUUAGAAAACCUAGUGUAUAAAACCGGCCUUGCGCUGUCAUUUACUGUCUUUUUGUUAGAGGAUGAUAUUCAGUAGCUAUCUAAAUCAAGAUAUGCCCGACAGUUAAGUAUUUUCCCUCUAUGUAAACGCCCUAAGCUUUUAGUUUCUCUUUUACAUUAGUAUUCUUGUAAAGGGUCAUGGGGGGCUGGGUCCACCUGCUUAGAUUUCCUCUGUAGCUCAGAAAGUCAUUGUAGUAUUCUUUACAAUUGACAGAUUUAUGCAAAGCAGGUUUAUUUAUACAUAAAACAAUUUAGAAAGUGUACAGCAAGAGUGCACUGUAGUGGAUGUCUCCUCAUGUCAUAACAACCCUGAACUGAUGAAACAGGAACUCUUCAAGGGCAACGAAACUCUGCUAUCUGGCCCCAAAAAUGAUACUUACAGACCCUGACAUUUGUGAGCCAUACCUUCUUAUAGAUGUUGGAUUUGGAUUAAGAUCUGGGAGAUAUCCAAACCAAGUCUAAGAUUGCUAGUUGUGUUCCCCUAGGCCACCUUCUCCCCUGGCUUUGUGGUCCAUUUUAGAUGGUCAUGACACCCUGAUGAUCUACAGAGUCCCAUACAAAACAAACUGUGAUGUACUGUUUCCUGAUUCUGACACGUUUCUGUUUAAACAGGUGAAGUGUAUGUGUCGGACAAAUGUGGCAGUGACCAGGAUGGAGAUGGCACUGAGCAGAAACCCUUUAAAACUGCUCUCAAGGUGAACAGUCAUGUAACAUACCUCACUUGUGUUCUGUUGGUGAUAUUGCUAUUAUCACUGGUCGUACCAACAUGCCUGUCAGCUUCUCAUUGUAUUUACUUACCCAACUUCACAGGCUCUGUUGUCUGCUGGGAAGGAGCCAUUCCCUACCAUCUAUGUAGAAUCACAGAAGGAAGGAGAGGUGGGUUUCUCUUAUUUACCGUGUACAUAAACACUGAGUUAUCCCUGUUAUACCAUUAACCUGGUGUUCUGUUUUGACUGCAUGAAAAACCCUGAAAAAUACAAGGUUGUUAUACUAAUUUUUUUGGUUUUAUGCAACCAUGAAUAACCAACUGAUGACCCAUGAAUGUUUCAAAGUUACAAUCAAUCAAGCAUAACAAACAGCCUUGUCUUGACCCUAAAAAUAUCCUUUUUAGGGGAGAAAGUAACUCUAUGGUUUUUUAUGACUUGCUUAUUUACUUGCUUUUUCUCGCACAACUCAUGUUUUAGCGUUGGGCCGUGAUCUCCAAGACCCAGAUGAAAAAUGCGAAGAAGGCCUUCAACAGGGAACAAUCCAAGAACGAUGCUAAAGAUAAGAAAGAGGUGGGUGUGUGUAUCCUGUGUUGCGUGCAGUUGCGCUUCUUUGAGCACCAUAAUACUGAAAGUGGAAGUUUUUGAUCGGGAUGUCAUGUACAUUUUUGUGUUACUGUGGUGGGACUUUGAUAAGGUAGAUGUAAAUGUUUUCUGCAUGUUUUGCUUUUUAGGCAGAGGACAUUGAGAGGAGAGAAAAGAACCUGGAAGAAGCCAAGAAGAUCAUCAUUGAGAAGGACUCCAGCCUGCCUGAGCCUGAUGCUGUAAGCUUCUCACAGUUUAUUUAGUUUCUACUGUUAAAGGUACAGUAAGUGAUGCUGCUGUUCUCAGUUAGAGUUUGAUGAAUUUGUGAGUUAGUUUCUGCGACACAGUGAACAUAGUUACUUAAAAUUAUCACCCCUUUUAUCACUGAUGCCCAGCGCGAUGUGUGUGUGUGUUUUCAUAUUUAAAUGAGAGGAGUUAAGUAACAAAAAGACAGACAAGAGUCGUGAGUUCUGCAUUUGUUUAUGCAAAUAGUAAACUACUAGGGUUUCUGCCGAUCUGAUCCGCUAUAUUGGAUCAGCGGAUAUGUAGCAUUUUAUGCAAUUUAUAUGAUCUGUCGCUGUAAUGUCUUAAUUCACCAAUCGAACAAUGACAUCACUGUAGUUUUGAAACUUUUAAUAUGUGUUUUAUCUGUCUCAUUUACUUAGAAGUUUCGCUGCAUUGACAUGUUUGUUUGCUGGUGACGAUGUUGCUGGUUGCUCCACAAAGACGUAAAACACACAUUUGACCCAAUGAGACAUGGUUGAUUUUGCUUUAAACAAACAGAGCAGAACAGACACGUCUCAUUAAUUCAUGUGUUUUUUUAUGUCUUUGUGGUGUUUAUGUUUUGAGCUUAGUCACUAUAUGAUGGACAGCAAAGUUUUUUGAAUCUUGAAUAUGUCAGACACAAACAUGUUGCAGUGUGGAAAUUCUUGUGAACCAGAGAGAUAAAACACAGUAUUGCGGGGCGGAACAUCUAUGAAGGGAUUUAACACAACAAAUUUAAUUUGGCACUUCGUCAAAGAACGUAAGCAGGAGCACGCUGAGUGAGAAACAGAGCUCAGAAAAGGAAACAGACACACCCAAACACCUAUCGCAAACAACCUUAGACUGUGCCCCGCCGCUUUUUUUUUUUUAAACUCAGUAAACAGCACAAAAGUAUAUACAGUCAAUAAACAAGUCAUUUAAAUAGACAUAUUGCUCCCUCACGUGAUCGGAUUGUGAUCAGCCCCCGAAAAUCCUGAUCAUGUAAAGCCUAAAACUGCAGCUGUCAUCGGUACCUGGUGUCUGAACUUUGCUGGUGCAAAUAACUAAAUAACUAAAGUGUUCACUAAAGGAAUUAAACACUGACACUUUAUUUUGAACUGCUAUACGGCCAGUGAAUUAACAGGACAAAAGAGAGUACAACUUUGAAUCCAACAUGUGAAGCAGAAUCAGGAAUAUCAAAGGAGUUUCUAGGCUUGAAUACGGUCACACCUAAAUGUGAAAUGAUUUUUUUUCUCAAUUUUUUUUAGGUAAAAAUUCAUCAUCUUGAGGCCAAGAGAGGUCAGAGAGUCAAAGUGUUUGGAUGGGUCCAUCGCCUCAGGAGGCAAGGUGAGCAGCAUGAAACAGGACAAUAUUAAGUUCACCUUUAACUCAUUUCUUUAUUUCAUAACAGUAUUUCAGUCAUUCAAAACUGCUUAUAACUUAAAUAUGAAACUUGUUUGACUGACAGUUUAACACAUGUUUCUUACUGUUUUUUUCGUUUGUCUCUUAAAGGAAAGAACUUGAUGUUCAUCGUGCUGCGCGAUGGAACUGGUUUCCUCCAGUGUGUCCUCUCUGAUAAACUGGUACGAUGGAGCAACUUUCCUGUUUUGCACUUCUCCCUCACCAACACACUUUCCCUUUCAUUUUUGGCCUACAUUAUCUAAUACGUUAUGAUUGAAACAUAACGCUCAUCUUUUGUUUUUAUUAAUAUGUCUUCAAAUUUCGUUUUUUUUUAACAACAAAAAAAAUGAAAAAAAAAACAUCUCCACUUAUUAAAAAAAUAAAUAAAGCAGGAAAAAAGUCAACUGAACACCUGGGUUAAAAUGGAGUAACCUGUUGAGACGUUGUUGCACAGAAGAUAAUUGAAAAUGACAAUGGUCUCACAUCCACAUUUGCCUCUAGUUGAGGUUAUUUCUUCAUCAUGAUGAGGGAAUUUCAAACAACUUAUUUGAUGUGAUCUGAUCUUGAAGUCUGUAGAGUAUUGACUCAAUAAGGAAGAUUUGUCUUUCGCAAGUCCUGUAGACCCACAUCAAAACCAUGUGAUAGGUCAGGCAGAUUUUCUUUGAGAAAGAAGUUCCUCAUUUUGUUCACUGAAGUUCAGUGAAGUUCAGACUACUUAGUUUAUCUAAAGGGGGAACUCUGGUUUUGGCAGUGAACUCAGACUUACAUACAGUACAUUUAUAAACAACAGGGGACCGGUCCAUGUUAGAGUCAACAAAUAAGUUACUGGUACAAUGACAGAUAUGCUCUCGCACUUGGCACACAUGUGGUUACUUCAAGUAUUGACAAGACCGGGCAAGAAUCAGAUGAAUUAAAUAAAAUGAGAAAGUAAAUUAUGUCAAACAAGGCAUACUAAGAUGCAUUGCACAUGAUAAGUGUACAUUUUAAUAAUGAAUAAACAAACAAAUAAACAGGCUAUUUGCAUAACAUCAUGUGUAAGCCACUGUGUAGUGAAUGCACAAACAAUAAUACAAUAAAACAAGUUGUUUUUUUUUGUGCCAAAUAACUAUCAAGGUUCAACAGCCAACAGAUCAUAGAAGGAUCUAGAGUAACGGUUUGUUUUCCUAACAGGCAAAAGUAAAUGCAUUAAACAUUUCAGACAAGUAAGCAAUAUGACUCUUUAGUGAAUCAAUGGGAAAUAUGUUUUCAAGCCUAAAUGUUGUAGAGAGGUUAAGAUUGAUCUAAGUGAUGUUUCUACCUAAUGCCCUCUGGGUCUGACCUGUUUUCUUGUUCCUGUUUUCAGUGCCAGUGCUACAACGGCUUGGUGUUGUCCACAGAGAGUACUGUAGCUCUUUACGGCACCGUGACUCCAGUUCCUGAGGGGAAACAGGUAAACACACCUGCUGCACAACAUUCAAACCCUGCAGUAGGCCGCCAUUCACACAAAGGAAACAGGCCAUGAAGAGGAAUCAGGUUAUACAAGAAAACAGACAAUACAUUAACAUGCACAGUGGUAAUCUGCUUACUGUUUACUAUUUUCUGUUGUGUCUGCCAGCUGUUCAUUUUAAAGGAUAAUUUACCUAUGAACCCUACAGUUUAGCAUGAUCAAAUUUACAUUUUUCUGAUACAGAUUUGUUCCUCUCUGGUACUGACUUGUAAACUUGUUGAUACCUUCUGACGAGUGGUGGUAAACAACAACAAUGCAUGUACCGGACCUACCUUGUUUGUACAUGUUGUGAUACUAAAGUACAGUUGUCUUCGGUAAAAGAGACUGUGGGGAAUUUUUUAAUUGGUUGAAAAACAGACUGACACUGAUGCUUCUGUAAGGUAAUGAGAAAGGUAAAUGAGACCAUCAGCAACAGGACUGAUAUUUUUAAUGCCUAAAACCAGCGAGAGGGGGUAGGUGUCAGACCAGAUUGUUGACAGCAGGUGAAAGGAAAAGCCUUUUAAUACUUUUUUUUUAAUGCUACUGUUAAAAGACACCAGGAUGAGGUUUUUGUAAAGGUCAAUAGAUAAAAGUAAACUUGCACUGAAUAAUCGGCGAAGAGUUCCUUAAUUUUGGGGGAUAGAUGAUCAGCCGAUCCUUACACAUGAACCGAUCUUAUCCACCGAUCUUAUCUACUUCUGCAAAGGUCUUAAAGUCAGCCAUUUUGCUCUGCCAGACUGACAGGCCCGCCCAAUAGGUCACAUGUGCAUGCACGCAUGCAUCAGCUGCACAGGUAAACAGUCACCUGGAGCAGUCAACCAAGCAUGUUGUCUGUUUGGCAGUAUUACACUGUAAAAGAAAAAGAGCAAAGGUUCACAGAUUGUAAUUUAAGUAAGGCUAAAAUAAAUCGAAACAAGAUGAGAAUAUGCUGUCAGUUGUAAAAUAAAAUCGGUAUUUGCCAAAAUCGUGUCAAAAUCAAAAUGCUGUGUUGAAGGCGUUUCUAUUAUUGUAUUAUAGUAUGCUCUAAGUACAAACAGCAGCAUUGCAGGAUAAUUAAAGCAUCAAAACUUGCAGAAGGUCCUCAGUAAGUAAGUUCUCGUCUUCACUCUCAGGCGCCUGGAGGCCACGAGCUGCACUGCGACUUCUGGGAGAUAAUUGGCUUGGCCCCAGCAGGUGGCGCUGACAACCUACUGAAUGAAGAGUCCGACGUGGAUGUUCAGCUGAACAACCGACACAUGCUGAUCAGAGGAGAGAACGUCUCCAAGAUCCUCAGAGUGAGAUCUACCGUCACACAGUGCUUCAGGGACCACUUCUUCAACCGGGGAUACCACGAGGUGAAACACACAGACUAAAAUAUCCAAAGUCACAGAGUCAAUGUCAUAAUGUUCAAAGUUAUAUAAACCAUGAUGAAAGAGAAAUAUGUAAAACUUACACAAGAAAGCUUUUCACUUUUAAAACCCAAGAAAUAAAAAAAAAAAACAUGUUUAAAGACAAGAUUUAAGGGUGAGUAACGUCAAGGACAUUUAGUUCUCAGUUUGGGGGCCACAGCAGAGAAAGCACAUUGCCUUGGUUUUCAGCCUGGUCCAAGGGUUUACAAGAAGCAGCUGAUCAGCAGACCUCAAGGGGGUGUAGACUUAGAGAGGCUGUUUGUUGGGGAGAUUGACUGUGAUGUUAAUCAUUUAAAGAUUUCAAAACCAAGAACAGGAUAUUGGAAUAAAGUGAAUCUUAAAAUGAACACGGAGGGAGAGAAGAACGGUAUGUACUCUCGCUUUUGGUACCCGUUAAAAAGCAUCAUGGUGGACUACUUGUAGAUGUGUCGGCGAGGCCAGGUUAAUGUCAAGAUAGAGUGCAGUACAAUAGUCCAGAUGAGUAGAAAUAAAAACUUGCAGCACAAAACAGCUUUGAUCGUGGCUAAGAGCCUCACACUGUAAAGAGAAGCGAUUAUUUUUGUGUUUAUUUUAAAUCCAUUGUCCAUUUUCUCACCAAGAUUAGUAACUGUGGGUUUGAUGGGGAUCCAAGUCCAAGACCAAAUCCCCAAAGCUGAUAUGGACUUAUUGUGAAUUUACAAACAGUAAUACCGACUUUCUUGCAGAAAUCUGUUUCUAGUCAGUGCUGGACCCACACACUCAUGCUUCAUGAGGUUUCUCUUCCUCCCUGGUCUUUUUUCAGAAAUCCAAAACAUUAACUCACAGCUGCUAAAAGUUUAUUUUUCUCCUUUUUUUUUUUAGAUCAUUUAAUACAAAACUAGCUUACCAAGAACAAUAACACAUCACAUGAUUGGAGUGGAGAAGAGGAAAAAACAGUUUAUGUAAGACUGAGCCCUUUAUAGCGUGACAAGUGCAGUUAUCUAAAAAGUCUGUCAUUAAGGAGUCUUUGUAGCAUCUGUUUGUUAACUCAGCAUUACCAAAUUAACUUAUGUAAUUAACAUAACUGUUUUCUGGUUGCAGAUCUUUCCUCCGACCCUGGUGCAGACCCAGGUGGAAGGCGGCUCGACUCUGUUUAACCUCAACUACUUUGGUGAGGAGGCGUACCUGACCCAGUCCUCUCAGCUCUACCUGGAGACCUGUAUACCUGCACUGGGUGACACCUUCUGCAUCGCCCAGUCAUACCGAGCUGAGCAGUCUCGCACCCGCAGACAUCUAUCGGAGUGAGAAAGCUUUUUUUUUUUAUUUAGAAAUACAAUCCACCCUUAUUGUUAGAGGUCCUGUUGGUACUUGAAAGGUUUUAUUGACAUUCAUACAGAUAAUAAAGGAAAGUUUAUAUCUUCAUUUAUUUAUGUACAUAAAUUCUGUGUUUCUUGUGUUCAGGUACACUCACAUUGAGGCCGAGUGUCCCUUCAUGACUUUUGAGGAUCUGCUGAACAGACUGGAGGACCUGGUGUGUGACGUGGUGGACCGGGUGCUCAAAUCUCCUGCAGCUCAGCUGCUCUACGACAUCAACCCUGUACGUCAUUUUGUGUGAAUGAGAGUGUUUUUAAUCCGUCAAGUGGUAUCUUAUUAGUAAAGAUUGUGUCAUUUUUAACACUUAAUAUGCACUAAUAUAAAUUCAUGUUGACAGUGUAUUUUAUUUUAUGUUCUUUUUUUUUUUAUCAAGAACUUUAAGCCCCCCAAGAGGCCGUUCAGGAGGAUGAACUACACUGAAGCCAUCGAGUGGCUCAAGGAGCACGACGUGAAGAAGGACGACGGCACCUACUAUGAGUUUGGAGAGGUGACGACAAAACACUUCUGACACACACACACACACACACACACACACCUGCACACCUGAGUCAGCAAAGCUCUCAGUAUUGGUUGUAGCUUUGUUGGUGUUGACUUUAAUAAGUUUCUAUCCAUGCACGAUUUUCCAGUAAGCCAGGAGUCUGCUGAAUCUCAUUAAAGAACAACAGUCAGAUCUGUGUCUUUAAAAAACAACAGACUCCACUGACUGUGAUUUAAGACUGCAGUUUUCAGGACUUUCUUGGCUUUUGCUGCCUCACUCAGUAAAUCAUGUGAUUCAUUCUGGUUCACAUGAUGGUUAGUCCAGAUUUAUUACAGUGUUUGUGAAACAACAUGAACUAAUGAGUCAGAUAUGGGUUCGAUUUUUGUCAGCGGAGUGUUGUGAUACAUAAAAACUUCUUAUUCUUAUACUAAAAUGACUUUCGCUGUCGAGAUGCUUUUUAAGAGUCUGAGCCAAAGUAAGCUCUUUUAAAAGACAGACUUUGAGCUGGAUCCACAUUUAAGAGUGCCGUAAUACCCCUCUAACCACUUUUUUUUUUUGAGCCACAUUUUCAUAGUGUCUUUAGUGCUUCGGUUUCAUGAAGCUUCUUUAUUUUGGGAGCUAAGACCAUGAUGCAACUCCUCUACUUGGACUCUGCUUAGUCAACACCUGCAUCUUUUGAACUCCUCUUACUCUGACUUUCUGUUUCUUUGGACCUCAAAAAAGCCAGCUUUGUUUAAACUGUCCUGUUUUGUCUUUUACUCAGGACAUCCCUGAGGCCCCAGAGAGGCUGAUGACCGACACCAUCAACGAGACCAUCCUGCUCUGUCGCUUCCCAGCUGAGAUCAAAUCCUUCUACAUGCAGCGUUGUGCCGAUGACAGACGCCUCACUGAGUCGGUACGAAUCUCAGAGAUUAAUGUGCAGACACAAGGAUUUACCAAAAUGUUUGUUUUAUGUCAGAAUUUGAAUAUAUUGCAAAGAAAUACAUUCAAACUACAAAUGCGCUCAAUAGCAGAAAUUCAGUUCAGCUUUAAUGCAGCUUUAAUUCAAUGAAUGUAUGUACAUAUUGUAAUAUAAACACAUUAACCAAUACACAUUGUAACAGUUUAGGCUGUGUUUUUGGAUUCAGCUACAUUAAAUGAACUACGCACUUCUUCAUUAAUGGGAAAAGUUUGGUUUUAUGAAUUUAACACACUUUUUUGAGUUAAAAAAAUCUGGAAGUAAUAAGUCUUUGUUCAGAUCCAAGCAUACACAACCCACCUUUCAAAGGACUUGCGUUUCUAAGAGCAGCAGAAACAGUCAGAUUUGAAGCUGUGCUCAGAAUAGUCAGGAUACAUCACUGUCAGUCAGAAAAACCGGGAGACUUUUGGAGAUGAUAAAAGCUUGAAUCAUGAGCCGUCUUGACGUCUCCUCUGAUGUUCGUACUGCAGGUCGAUGUAUUGAUGCCAAAUGUUGGCGAGAUCGUCGGAGGCUCGAUGCGUAUCUGGGACGCUGAUGAGCUGCUGGACGGAUACAAGAGGGAGGGAAUCGACCCAACUCCAUACUACUGGUACACCGACCAGGUGAGAGGAUACGUUUUUAUUUUGGCCUUUAAACCUUUUGUUCAAGAAAGAUAUAAAGUUUUCUUCUGCUCAUUUAAUAUGACUGUGAUUAUAGAUUAAAUAUGUGAAUAGUUUUGAGUCUAAACCAGAGGCUGUUCAUCAAAAGUGUAUGUAGCCUCUGAAAGUCUUCAAACAGCACAAUAACAAACCUCUGUAGUCAUCAUACUUUUAGACUUGGCUAUUGAUCCCAUAACGGCAAAAUAUUGGAGUCCUGUGUGUGUGUGCAAAAGAACAGGAGCCAAGCACACAGGGAACGCUUCACAUACAAACCUCUUUCCCACCCUGCCAGCUGUCCACAGUGAUCCUGUCUCCCCCCUGUAACACUUGUUGCGACCUCAACACAGCAGGGGGACUGCUCUGUCCCGCCGUCACACCUCUUUGACAUUUACCUUCAAUACAGCAGGAUUAGGUCCAGGGUUGACACAUUUGUUUAUCUUCAUCGUCAUUUGAUCUUAUUUCCUUGUUUGGUUUAUUAGAUGUCAAAAAUUCUUUGUUAUGGAAAAAAGGUUGUUGAUGAACAACUUUCAUUAACAGAAUUAACACUGAUUAAUAUUGAGGUAUAGCAAUUAACUUCACCCUCCCAGCCAAAUCUCUUCAUCUUUAAAAAUGUUCAUGUAAAAAAAGGUAUGAUGCCAAAAGAUGAAAUGCCAUAUUGAAAGGUAUCAAAAUGCUUGUAACCACAUAGAAGUGUGUGUUUAAACAUUGAUAUUUAAAUAAUGUUAGUGUGAAGCUCUCUGCAAAGAUGUGUAACAGUGUGUUUUGUGUGUCUGUGUUUCAGAGGAAAUACGGCACAUGCCCUCACGGCGGCUACGGUCUGGGUCUGGAGCGUUUCCUCACCUGGCUGCUGAACAGACAUCACAUCAGGGACGUCUGCCUGUACCCUCGAUUCAUCCAGCGCUGCCGACCUUGAACACACACAACGCAACAAUACCCACCCUAUAAUACACACACACUCACACACACACGCAUUAUGUUACACACAUACUGGUAGUAUAUCUGGACCUGGCAUGUGGCAGCACUCAGAGCCUGAAAUGUGUCUCAGCGUCAUUAAAUCAAAGAAUUCAGUAUUUUGCCUUCAGCUGUUGAUUUUGAUGAGGUCAGGUCUUUGCACUGAACUCAACCAUGUCUCAUCACAGAGAGAGCGAGUAAUCUCACCUGCUAAUGUCACAGCUUCCAUGUUGUUUGUCCUGGAAUAUCGUGUUCUGAUUCUGCUCAUUCUGCUGAUCAUCUUAUAAGUAAUAUACAGUGGUUAUUGGUUGUUUCCUGUGGUUGUAUAGAGAGUCUGCAAGUCUAGAUAAAAAUGCCAAAAUGUUGUAAAUGUGGUCUUGAUUUUUGCGCAUUAAUGGCCUGUUCCACUUUAAAUUCUUUUACUAUAACUUACUGUCAAAUUGUGGAAAUGUUUAGGACUUUAGGGAAACUUAAAAACUGCAGAUUUCAUGAGAAAUGUCUGAUUUGUUUUGAGAAGCUGUACAAACCGCAAUAGAAUUUAAACAGCCAAGUAAACUAGUUUCUCUCAUCAGGGCUUAAAAGUAAAUCAAAUAAAAUAUGUACUGAAAUUCAAGGGUUAAUUAAGAUUACAUGCAGAGUUGAUAAACUACUGAAGCUACUUCACAGAACAGCUCAAAUACCUGCCACCUAGAAGAAAAUGAUGCUGUGACAGUAACAUGCACAAGAUAAGGUUUACAGUUUGUUUCUUGGAUGAAUAAUGUCAGUUUGCAAAACUUAUUUAAACAUAUUUUGAAGUUUCUUUUGUUAGUUUCAGAGUUUUUGCAUUCCUGUGAUGUCCAGAAAAAGUCUAGAAAAACUCAACAAGACCAGUUCAAGUUCAGAGCAUCCGAAUCCUGAUAAAUGCAGCGCUGCCACAUUAACACACACACACAACCCUGUAUAUCAAUUGUUCAGUUCUUGGUGGUUCGCUAAAGUAUAAUAAAGCAACUGUUUGGUUCAAACUUAAAACACAGAACCUGAGCUCUGCAGCCAUUUAACAACUUACUGUGAAGAACACAGAGCUGCUUGUCCAUCAAGUGAUUCAUUCAGAUUUUGGUGGUUUAGGGAUCAUCAUGUUUGUGUGUUCUGCCCUAUCAUACAACAUACGCCUGGACUCAAUAAACUGCACUUAAAUUAAACCUGGAUCAAACACACAGC